GCUUGAAGCUCAACUUCUCACUUUCACCACAUCUUUCAUUCACUCCGCGUUGAGCGCCAUUGUUCUCACGUCGACAAGACACUUUGACAACCCUUUUUCCUUUCCUAUCUUAUCUAUACUCUUCAGAGCAUCUCAUUCCACCAUGCGCUGCGCGUUCAUCGUCUCUCUUCUCGCUACGUCGACCACUUACCUCGUCUCGGCAUCGCCUAUUCCGGCGCCUGCCCCAGCCCCUGCUCCCGCACCCAACGGUGGAGAUGCAUACACUGGAGCUGCAGGCUCAGCCACUGGCGGAGAUGCCUGGGCUUGGAACACCGAUGGAGGUCUCGUCGGGCUAGACAACAACAAUGCCGGCAAUGGUGGUAAAGCGACCAGUGGAUCAGCUUUCGGAGGUGACACUUUCCAACCCGGUGCCAAUGCUGGUAAUGCUUACUCUGGUGUUGGAGGAAACACGGAUGGAGCCGAAUUGUCAACCCUGAUUCCAACUACCACAAUGGGCUCGGAAUUUUCAAGCGAUUCGGACGAUACUAUGACGGAUAUGACCGAUACGAUGGCCUCGCGGACGGUCUCUUGGAUGGCGUCUCGGUCGGUCAGAUCGGUAACGGUAACGGGGGUAAUGGCGGUGACUCUUCCUCUGGCGACGCUGUCGGAGGAACCGCUUGGUCUACUCAGUAGAUGACUACGAUCUCUCUCUCUCUCUCUCUUGAAGGCUAUUCGAGAGCAGUGCUAUCCGAGUUGCCAUGAGAGAGAUUGUCUGAGCAUAGAGUCGUUUGUGGUUUCUCUUCUUAUUCCAUUUCUUCUUUCUUGGGGUGCUUUUAGUAGAACCCA